AUGUCUUCCGAACCAUCCUUCGACAAUGUGCUGGACGACUAUCUGAGUCUGGCCAUUGGUGUCAUUUGCGCCUGGCUGAUUCCCCAUGUGGCCAUUGAAAUUGCGGAAUACCGUUACGAAAUUUCGAGAAGUCCCGCUUGGAAGGGCUACGAACGACAAACCAAGGGAAUGGACACCAUCACGAAUGCGGCAAUCUUUGCGGUAUCUACCGCUGGAAUAUCAUUGGCGGGAUCUGCGGCAGUAGUGGCAUUGUUAACACAAGGAAUGGAUUGGAGAGUGCAAGCUAUUGUCACUGGAUUGUCAAGAAUCACUGGAGCUGUGGUAAUAUUCUUUAUAUCCUACAAGACACCCAAAUGGAUUGGAGUUUAUUGGUCCAACAAGCACGAUUACGGUGAACCCGUGGGGGCGACAGAGAGACAUUUGAGGUUCAAUGUCCAAUGGUCCAUUUGGAGGCUCUUUGGACAAAUUUACUUUCUGAGCCUCUUGUUUUUUUGCGGGGCGGAGCCCAUUAAAAUUCCGCUCUCGGCCUUUUGUGGAAUCGUCGUCGGCUUUGUCAUUUGGUAUUUUGUGUAUUUGGGACGGACCAAAUUGCAACAACAAAGGAAAAAGGUGGCCAUUUUCUUGGCGUCUCUGAUUAGCGUUGCCUCGGCCAUUGCCUUUUCCAGUGGCUGUUGGUACAUUCAACAAGUAUGGGGACGAGAUCGCCGGAACGACGACAUGUUGACCUUUGGCAGCUUUCUCACCUGGUUGCUAUUGGCAGGCAUGGUCCAUGUCGCCAUGUACACCAAUACCAUGCGAAAGGAUCGAGAAACGGCAGCCCUGCCACCGGAACAACGGAAGCGUCGCAAGUACCGAACCCGGCAUUUUCAUCCCAAACACAUGUCCAAGUUGCGGAGACAACUCGAACGAUCCUGCAGUACGGACGAAAACCAAGAAUUGGAACGGGACAUGGAUGACAGUAGUUGGGACCACGAACGAGAAAUGAAUGGCGACGAUGGCGACGAUAUUUUUGUUGAUAUCAGCAAGGAUGGAAAAGAGGAUAUUGAAGGAGAUGAUCUUGAAGGAGACGAGGCCACUCGAAAUGAAGAAUCCGGAUCAUCUCUAUCCGAUGUUGAAGCGCCCAAAGGAGCCAAUGCCGCUUCGUCGGAUAAAACUAGAACAGACGCGGCGGGGAGAUUGAGGAGACUUGAUUCCAUGGAUACCAACGAUUCUGAACUCUUGCUGGAAGAAAUAACCGAAAAUGAAUCCUGGUUCUCUCUCGUCCGACUUCAUUGCUGCGGAAAUGCCGAACGAGCGGGGGAACGACCCAAAAAGUCACGCCUUGAAAAAACUGUUUCCGGUUUCAAGUGGACCAUGGGCUUUGUGGUCAAUGCCUUUUUUGCAUUUUUGGUGAUUGUCAACAUUGGGGCGACCCAUCAAAACAAUGCUGUUCGUCAGAACCUUCCAAAGGCCUACGAAUUACUAUAUCCGCCGGAUUAUAACAAUGGAACGGUCUGUGCUUGGGACAACAAUGGUCCCGACUCGAUCAUUCAGACAUUUGAUACGCCGGAUGAUGCCAGGGCGGCCAACUUUUCGAUUGUUCACUGCGGAGCUUGUGCGGCGUGUUCCACCUGGCAAGACUUGAGACUCCAGUGGACGACUCGAUCCUAUCUCGCAGAUGCCGCCCAAGACUGCACCAAAAGGGCAUUCUUGGGAGGCAGCGAGGCGGUCCAAGAGUGCAACGAAGACGAAGACAUGAUUGGAUUUUCCGAAGAAUGCGCCACUUGUUGGACCGUGGACCAACUAUGUGCCAAGAAAAACUGUGUCUUUAUUUUCUUUCAGGGUGUCAUGAUUAACAAGUUGACCAACUUUCAAGUGGGGCCCAACGAAAUUACAUCGGCAACCUGCGACGAGGCCAUGUGCGGACCCGAAUUUGUCCCCUGUUCGGGUGCGACGAGACGACGAAUGGAUAUCAUCAGUACCAUUGCCAGGCCGUUGGAUCAACAGUGUCGAAUCAUCAAUCAAGACUGGGAAACCAUAUUUGAUCAUCCAUAG